AUGUCUGCAUCAGGUGCUCCUGAUACCCCUCCUGCACCCGAGCAAGCCAGCCCUCCUGACGGUACUGCCGCGUCCAGGAAAUCUUACAGACGCAAGUACCGCAAGAUCAUGGUCACGUUUGAAGAGAAGAUGAGGGAGAGCACGUCUUUAUUCAAAGAGGAACAACGAAUUCAGGACAUCUCGCAACGUUUGGCAGAGCAGACCGAUCAGCUCCUUCAGUUGUUGACCGAACUAAAUGCUUGCCCUCAAGUGCCUCCACGGCUGCGUUAUGAUCUCGAAUCGUCCCCCAAUCAUGACCCUGCAGCAGCGCCUGGACUUGAUGUGAAGACCGAGGAUGAAGGCCAUCUCGCCCUGCGGAAAGCGAGGAGUCAACUACAAACCGGAGAAAUCGACCUUACCCGUUAUCGCGAAGUGGAACAUUCAUUACUCAAAUCAGAGGCAUUCGCUCCUAAACGAUCAUACGUGAAGUUAGUUGCAGAGACACAUCUGCCUCGGCCCAGGGAAAAGGUGAAAUCUGGGUCAGAAGCCGCGGCUGGAGGGUUCUUGUCUGUUGGACAAGAAGAGCUGUAUCUCGACUCGCUCGACGCGUUCUUAGAAGGCACGGCAACACACCCUCGAUCGCACGCAGCCAACGGUCUAGGCACCCGAAAUGCAGAAAAGACUACAGAGCGUGAACGGGAAAUGCAGUUGAGAAACCCUGUUUCAGUGUACAAUUGGCUUCGCAAGCACCAGCCACAGGUGUUUCUUCAAGACAAUGAAGCUGCUGCUGAGAAGGCGGCCAGACCUGCAGGAUCAAGAAGUUCUGCCCGCAAGUCAGCAAGCAAAGAUGUAGUCAAGCUGGAGCAAGAUCUAUAUGACGACGACGGAAUUGCCUCAGAAGUCGCCUCUUCGGCGCGAGGAAAACGCAAGAGAGAUGACGACGGGGGCUAUCGGCCAAAGGGAGGCAACUCGCGGGGCACCAAACGCAGGAAGGACCCCAAGGAAGACUCCAGUGGUCGGAACAAACGAGUCAAGAAGCUGUCCAUGGAUGCGAGAUAG